UGAAGCAAAGGAGCGUCCGACUCCAGCCCCGAUCCCUGAUGAAGCAAAGGAGCGUCCGACUCCAACCCCGAUCCCUGAUGAAGCAAAGGAGCGUCCGACCUCAGCCCCGAUCCCUGAUGAAGCAAAGGAGCUUCCGACUCCAGCCCCGAUCCCUGAUGAAGCAAAGGAGCGUGCGACUCCAGCCCAGGAUGGCACCUCGCCUCCACGUCCGUUCAUCACGGAUAGCGAGCAUGUGACUCCGACUGAGACUGGGAUUACCGUCAGGUGGGUGGAGGUGAGCGGCUUCCCACGGAAAAUCACCGAGAAGAUCCUGAAGUCAUUCCACUCCGUGGGCACAAUUCUGCGGAUGCGCGAGACCCCGGAGGCUAUCCGUCUACGGUACUCCGACCGAAUGGGGCUCUAUGGGGCCAUGCAGCUCAAUGGCAAGCGCAUUAGCGGCUAUCAGUUGGUCGUGAAGCCUCUUCUAGGGGAUCCCCAGGGGACGGAUCCCAUCGUAUAUCCUACGAAGCCGCAGUUUCCGCACAUGCACUGUUCGUGGACCCAGCGGAUUGUGGACUGGAAGGAAAAAUUACAGAUACGCUUCGGUUUCGUCUUCUUUUCGUUGUUCGCAAUUCUUUUGUGGUGUAUGAUGUCCAUUGCAAAGGUGGGGAAGGUGCUAAAGUGGUUCUACAAUCGCUUCUACAUCCCAACACUCAAAGGGAAGUUUCUCAGUGGAGACCAUCCCCCCACAGAUGAUUAACCAGAAGACAAAGGAUCAUCUGCGAAGGAGCCGUCCGCAAAUACGAAAUACGAAUUCCAUUUUAACAUCAAACACCGCCUCCUCCGGUAUCUUACCCGAACGCUUCCACCCAGGCCUCCACAGGCCCUGCAUCUGUCGCUGCUGCACAAUGCUGAUACAAUCUGUAUGUAUACAUCCGCCCAAAAUGCUAUUGAUGGAUCAACAAACACAC